AUGUAUUUGUCUCUAUCGCUAUUUCAAGCUGUCCUCUGGGCUAUUUUUACACCGCUAGUUUUCAUAGGAUGCAUCACAUUUUUCAAGACGUCCAAGCUUAGCCGUGAUGAUCCUAAAGAAAUUUUACGACGCAUCAAAAUUAUUGGGGUAGUUACUGUUCUAUGGCCUGCUUUAUUAUAUAGCCUAUUCAGCAGUGAGGUUGAAACAGCAGAAGGUCCAAGUGUGUGGCAUUGGAUAGGCAUAGGUAUCACUAUCAAAAAUUAUGCUGCGAUUUUAUCUUCAAGUGCAGUCACUUUGGUGCUGUUUAUAGGACCAUUGUACCAAAUGGCGUUCGAUGAGGCAGAAUCUACAACAGAAUUUGACUUAAAAGCACUUCGUGCCUAUGUGUUUGCGCCAAUUUAUGAAGAAGUGAUAUUUAGGUCAACUUUAAUUACAGCUUUAAUCGCAGGUGGAGCUGGGUUUUAUGGCGCAGUAAUGCUGUCAUCAUUGAUUUUCGGUGUGAGCCAUUUAUAUCACCUAGUUGAAGCUUUUGAGUGCACCGGGAGAAUGAGACAACAGAAAGUGAUGCAAGCUGCGAUGCAAGCUGCUUAUACAACAGUUUUCGGAUUCUAUGUCGGCUAUAUUUUUGUAGCUACUGGAUCUUUGUAUGCUGUCAUUUUGGUUCAUGCCUUCUGCAACUUUAUGGGCUUGCCAGAUGUAGGCUUUAUGAAUGAAGGCCAUUAUGGCUACGCAUACAAAAGGUCUAUCUCAGCUGCUUACAUAAUUGGAAUUGUCUUAUUUAUAGUCCUGCUUUCACUCUCAUUGAACCCAGAUCUACAUCAGUCAUGGCAUUACACUCUUAUCAACCAACUAUCAGGGAAUGAAAUUAGUAAGCUUAAUUAA